GCCCCCGGGGCCGCCGCCCACACCUGCAGCACAGCCGCGAACCGGCGCGUCACUCCCAACGGAAACGCCGUGCAGCCCGGGCGUCUGGCGAGGUGCGCGCCUCCUGGCCCCCGCUACGACGCUUCACCGCUCGGGGUCACACGCCUGCAUCUCUCCGCAGGGUGGGGGCGGGGACACGGCGGCACCUACCGGGAUCUGCGACUCGAGCCGCCGAAGACCACAUCCCAGCCCGGACGGCGUCCCGGGGCCACAGGCACGGAGAGUCCAAGCGGAACCGGGGAGGCGGGAGGCGCCCCGCCGACUCGACAGCGCGUCCCAGCACCUCGGGCUCGCUCCCUCCCCGCUCUCAGGAAAAGCUGAGCCAGCGAGGGCUGUGAAGACGCUGCCAGAAUCCUCAGCAGCCUAGAAAUCCCAUCACCUUGGUUCCCUGAGACUUGGAGUAGGAACUGACAGCUGGCUGACAGAAAACUCAUCCAGGGAGAGAAAAAGUGAAGUAUGAAAUUUUGAAUAAUGUUUUCAGAUGUUUCGCAUUCAGAAUAAACCUCUGAGUUGGGACUCAAUCUGUCAACCAACCCUAAAUUCCUAGGUUGCUGAGUUGCAGUUUGGCUUUGAAUGCAGCCACUUUAUCUGCCGACUUGAACACAGUUGUCGUUCUCCCCCGAAGUGACAGAUUGAGUUCGUUGAGCGGGUUGUAUACGUCACACAAGUAUUGAUUCUGACUUUUGAAGAUGGAUGAAGGUAUAGAAAUUUCCAGUGAUGGAAAUUCCCUGAUCAAAGCGGUCCAUCAGAGCCGGCUUCGCCUUACAAGACUCUUGCUGGAAGGUGGCGCCUACAUUAAUGAGAGCAAUGACCGAGGGGAAACACCUUUAAUGAUUGCUUGUAAGACCAAACAUGUUGAUCACCAGAGUGUCAGUAAAGCCAAAAUGGUUAAAUACCUAUUAGAAAACAAUGCUGAUCCCAACAUACAGGACAAAUCUGGGAAAACUGCUUUGAUGCAUGCUUGCUUAGAAAAAGCUGGUCCUGAAGUUGUUUCUUUGCUCCUAGAGAGUGGGGCUGACCUCAGCUUGCAAGACCACUCUAGUUACUCGGCCCUUGUUUAUGCUAUAAAUUCAGAAGACAGAGAGACCCUGAAAGUCCUACUUAGUGCUUGCAAGGCAAAAGGGAAAGAGGUCAUUAUCAUAACGACAGCAAAAUCGCCCUCUGGCAGGCACACUACCAAACAGUACUUAAAUAUGCCUCCUGUGGAUAUGGAUGAGCGUUAUUCCCCAGCCACCUGUGCCACUCCUUCAGAAAUAGACUUAAAAACAGCCUCAUUGCCACUAUCACAUUCUUCUGAAACUGAAAUGACACUUUUUGCCUUUAAAGAUCUGGAACCCGCAGGAAGCAGUGAUGAUAUGGGGGACCCAAGCUCCCCUUUGAGGAAGCCUCGUGUGGCCCCUAACGGGCCCAAACUACCUCAGGCUCCACACUGGAUCAAGAGUCCCCCCUCAUUAAUGCACCAGAACAGAGUGGCCUCAUUACCAGAGGAGCUCCAGGAUAUUACUCCAGAAGAAGAAUUAUCCUACAAAACCAAUGGGCUGGCACUUUCCAAGCGAUUCAUCACUAGGCACCAAAGUAUUGAUAUAAAAGACACUGCACAUUUGUUAAGAGCCUUUGAUCAGGCCAGCUCAAGAAAGAUGUCAUAUGAGGAAAUAAAUUAUCAAUCAUUUUUUUCAGAAGGAAAUCAGCAAUGCAUUGACAUUCCAGUUGACCGGGACCCAGACUCUAACCAGACAAUAUUUACUUCCACCUUAAGAAGUAUAGUUCAAAAAAGAAACUCAGGAGCAAAUCACUAUAGCUCUGAUUCCCAGCUCUCAGCUGGUCUUAUCCCUGCAACUUUAGAUGAUGGCAAAACACUUACAGGAAAGAAGAAGAUCCUCUCACCAUCUUCUUCUUUGUUGUCAGAAUUGUUGGAGAAUAUCCCACCAGGUCCCCCGAGCAGGAGAAAUCAUGCCCUUUUAGAAAGGCGUGGUUCAGGAGCUUUCCCUUUAGAUCACAGCAUUACACAAACCAGACCAGGAUUUCUGCCACCCUUAAAUGUGAAUCCUCACCCUCCCAUCUCAGAUAUCAAUGUCACCAACAAGAUUUCCAGCCUUCUUUCUUGUGGUCAAAAAAUGCUUAUGCCAACAGUUCCUAUUUUCCCCAAAGAAUUCAAAAGUAAAAAAAUGUUGUUAAGGAGACAAUCAUUGCAAACAGAACAAAUUAAGCAAUUAGUUAAUUUUUAAGAGACAGCUAGCAAAUACAUUUUGUUCACAUGUCUAUACCAGAGAAACAUGGAACUAGAGAAGAAAAUUCAAACGUUCAUCCUUUUAAAUCUUUUAAGUGGUUAGUCCAUAAUAGGGGUAUCAAAAUGUACUGUGUAUCAUCAUAUUAGGCACUGUGGAUAUACAAAUAAUAGAUAGCUUUUGCUAAGGGAAUUCUCUCAAACAAAAUUAAAACUAUUUUUUUCAAAACCUUCAAUACUUAACAACCUUCAUGUGGUUCAAGUUUUUAAUUUAAACAAAAAUAAGCAAAGAAAGAAGGUCACAUAUGUUGGAGAUAAUUUUAAAAAUUUCAGAUUUGCCAAAUAUUUUAUUAGGAAACAUUGUGUUCAAAUCAAUUUUUAAAAAGCAUUUCAUGAUUGUAAUUUUCCAUGAUGCCAACAGCAUAAAAGAAAACAUAAACAGCUAUAGUGUUCUAUGAUCAAUAAGCCUAAGCUACAAAGAAAGAAUGAACUAAUUCUUGAAAAAUGUUGACUGCAGGUAGGUGACAAUCUAAUUAACAUUUUAAAAGGUCAACCAUUAUAGUAGACGAGGCAGCUAAUAUGUGUUGUCAGCUUAAUAAGUGUCAAAAAUGGCAGAUCCAAGUUUUAUAAGCUAGUAAUAAUCUGUGCCAAGUGUUUGUGUGCUGUUUUUUGCUUUGCUUUGUUUUUUAAUGUUAUUUUAUGGAAUUCUUCCUUCUCCAUAUCUUUUAGUUCCUGUUAUUGUUUUUUGAAGCUUAUUCAUAUGUUCCCAAUAACAAGAUAAUUCAAACUUUAAAAAGCAUUUCUCGUUUUCUUAUUA